UUAAGAAUGGCACAGCUUCUGAAACUUUUAACAAUCCUUUGCUUAUUUAUAGUAGCAAUACAUGGCUACCCUGGAAAACUGUUUCAGGAUAGAAAACUGUUUGAUGAAACUCGAGAUUUAAGACUCUGUGUUACAAGACAAGUAGAACUUGACAAAUGUAAUGAUCUAAAACAGUUAUUAUUGAAUAAUAAGUAUGAAUAUAAAUUAGAAUGCUGCAUGAAUACAGUUGAUGUUUGUGUCGAGAAAGUCAAAGAAGGAAAAUGUGAUUUUGUUAUACUUGAAUAUCAAUAUGAAAUGUUGGCAAGAAAUUUUGGACUUCGUCCAUAUUUAUAUGAAGAAUAUUCGAAAAAAAGUUAUAUUGUUGCAGUAGCUGAUCAAGAUAUUACCGUGGAUAGUAUUAGAACUAGGCCAAUAGAUUUCGAUAUGGAUGAUAUUCGAUCAAUUAGAGCUGCGCUUUACUUUGAUAUGAUUAGACAAGAUAGAAAUAUUUGCGAUCGGUUAAUACCAUUCCAGUAUGACGUAUUAAAUUCUGUUAAUGAAAUCCCUUCACAAAAUCGUAGAAUGAUGUUUAGUCCAAUGGAUAAAAUUCGUGAUCAAACUGAAUUCGUUUAUAGAAAUCAAGAAGAAAUGAAAAAUAUUCAAAAUAAUCGAAAUUUUGAACCGAUUAGAUUUUUACGUUUCAAUCAAUUAAAUGAAUAUGAUUUAAGUGGUAAGGUUUUGAUUUGUCCAACCUUAGAACUAUCCGAUUUAAAUUCAUAUGAAAAAUGCAAUUUUGACACUGGAUCUGUUCGUACAAUUUAUGGGCGCGAUUUAGAUGAUGAUAGACUUUAUUUUAUAAAUUAUUUCAAGCAAAUUGUUAAAGUUUUAAAUGAGAAGCGUCGUUCUCAAACAACAAGUCAAUUAAAAUUAUUUGGAGAAUAUCGUGGAUUAAAGAAUGUCCUUUUUGAUGAUGAUGCUGUUGAAUUUUCUUUAACGCGUAAAAUGGGAAAUGGAUUGGAUGAAACUCAAUUAGAUAAAUUAUUUUGCAUAUCUGACAAAAAUUUCCAACGUCAAAUGUUGGAGAUGAAAUAUUCUAAUCGCGAUAUGAACAUGAUGGACUCAGAUCGUUAUCGUCAAUAUAUGGAAGAAAUGCGCAAUCAACCACGUUUCGAUAUGUAUCGUUAUUUCUUUAUGAUGAACCCUUCGUUAACUCGUCAAACAUUUUUACUUAACGAUCGUUUUCCUCAAGAAAUGAGAUUUAAUGAUGAUUUGUUAAAUAAUCAAAUGCGUGAACUUGUAAUGCAACAAGUCCCUGUUUUAGAUAUGAUUCGCCAAAGAAUAUUAUACAAUGUAUAUGAUCCAUACAGACAGUAUUCAGGUUUAGAUAGAUCACAACGUCUAUCUGAUGCAGUUCGUUUCCGUCAAAUGUUAAAUUUAAAUCCAUAUAAACAGUAUGUAUUAGACGUUACAUCCACCUUCCCAACUUCAAACCUUGAUUUAGAGCAAGAGCUUAAUCGUUAUACCGAUUUCGAUCGCAAUCGCAUGUUGUAUGACAUUAUUCGUAAUCGUCAAUUAGUAGAGGAUGUUCAAAAUAGAGAAAUGUUUAAGGAUACUUAUCCUAGAGUCAUGGAUUUGAAACGUCAGCAACAAACCCUUGAUCGUGAUGAUCGAUUUUUAAACGAGUAUGAAAUGCGUCAAUAUAACAAUCGUCAACUUUUAGAUGAAAAUCAAUAUGACACGGAUCGUUAUAGGAAAUUCCUUGAACGAGACGAAAAUGGUAACCGUAUUCCAGACGUAUAUCGCCAAAUGUAUGAUGUUAAAAAUGAUUAUGAAACUUUAUAUGACAAUGCUCGCUAUCGCCAACCUUUAAGAGAUGAUGAUAUUGUUCAAAUGCAAAAUAUGAAUAGAUUUCAAAACAACAAUCGCCAAAUUUAUGGUCGUCAAUUUUUAGAUGAUGAUAAAUUUUUAAACACUCAAGACGUUGACAGACUUAACAGAAUCGGAGACUUUAGACGAUUAGGUGAGCUUAAUUCUUAUGAUCAAAUGUACGACGUCGAUCGCAAUCGAGAAGUUUUAAAUAAUGACCAAAUGCGUGAGCUUCCGUAUGUUAAAUAUAUGAUGCAACGUCUACGUGAUGCCACUCGUUAUCGCCAAAUGUACAACACCGACCAAAAUCGUCAAAUGUUAAACGAUCAAAUGCGUGAAAUGAGUGAUGUUGAACGCAAACCUGAUAUUGAUCUUUAUAGGCAAAUGUAUGAUGUUAGAAAAAGUUAUCAAAUUCCAAAUAUUGAUCGUUUUCGCGAUAUUUUGGAAGAAAAUGGUUACCGUCAAACUUCUGAUAUUAUGAAUGACGACACCUAUGAAAAUUAUCUUAGAGGUUACAAGUAUUUAGACAACGAUCGUUAUAAAAUUUUCCGCACUGAUAUUAAUGAGGACCGAUACAGAAAAAAUGAAGAUUUGAAUACAGAUAUGUUUAACAGAAAAUUUGAACGCAGCGGUAAAGGACGUGAUGAGAAACGCUCAAAAUAAAAACAAUUUAAAUAUUACCUUAUAAGCAAAUGUAACUGUAAUAAAAUUUAAAUAA